UAUAGAUAAACAAAAGGGAAAAAGAGAAAAUAAAAUCAUUCUAUUCCCACCAACCAGGUGAUUACCAUCCAUCUAUUCUUUUCAGUGCAUAUAUAGAGAUUGGAUGUAUUUGUAUUACAUCAUUGUAUGAUGACAACAGCUUGAAUUUACUCAAUGCUUAUAGAAUGGGUACUAUUCUAAAUGCUUUACAUACAUUAACCCAUUUAUUACAGCAUUUCUGAUGUGAAUACUGUUAUUCCCACUUGACAGAUGAGGAAAUGGAGGCAUAGAGAUGUUAAAUAUCUCAAAGUCACACAGCUAGUACCUGGUAGAGCCAAGAUUUGAACCCAGGCAAUCAAUUUUGAGAGCCUGUACUCUUAACAACAAUUCCAUUCUGUUGUGUACUAUUUUGUAAUCUGCUUUUUUUAAAAAAAUUGAGGUUGUUUAUAUGUAGUAACAGUCACCCUUUUGAGGGGUAUAGUUCAAUGAGUUUUGGUAAAAGGUAAACCACCAUCACAACAGAGAUCUAUAGAAUAUUUGUCUCCUUUCCUGUUCCAAACUUCUGGAAACCACUGAUCUGGUUUCUGCCAGUACAGUUUUGCCUUUUCCAGAAUUUCAUAUAACUGCAGUCAUACAGGAUGUGGCCUUUGUGUUUGGCUUCUUUCACUUAGCAUAAUGCCUUUGAGGUUCACCAGUGUUGUUGCCUGUAGCAGUCGUUUGUAGGGGGUUUGAUUGCUGAUGUAUUCCAUUGUAUAGAUGUACCAUAAUUUUUUAUUCCAUUCACAAGUUGAAGGACAUUUGGGUUUUUGGCAAUUACUAAUAACACUGCUGUGAAUAUUCAUGGAGAGCUUUUUAUGUGGACAUAUGUUUUCACUUCUCUUGGGUAAAUAGGAAUAGGAUUACUGGGUUGUGUGGUAAGUGUGAGUUUAACUUAACUUCCAAACUGUUUUUCAGAGUAGCAUUAUCAUUUUGUAUCCACCCAUAAUGUCUGAGAGUUCCAAUUGCUCCUCAUCCUCAAUAGCAAAUUAUUUAUUAGUACUUGUAUUAGUAUUUGUAUUCCAACACUAGCCAAAUAAUCAUCUCCGUAUGUUCUUGUUGGGAAAAGGUGUUGCUGAAAUUAAGGGUUUCUGAUGUAAGUUUUUUCUUUUUCUUUCCUUUCCCUGUUACAAAUAUUUAUUGAGCAAUUUAUAGUGUGUGGGGUAGAUGAGAAUGAGGGACUCUACUCCCAAAGCCCCUAGUUGGCCCUUUGAGUAGGGGUCAUGGCAGAUGAUAGUGACACAUUUGAUUCUAAUACUCCACCUAGUUUCCUAGGAACAAAUUGAUCGUAGAGGUUUCUACUUCCAUGCCUCUGCGUUGCAUUCCUUGCUCAGGUUUCAAAUGCUAAGGAAACUUGUAGGGAGAACAGUAUGGUGGCACAUCUGGCUCCAUCUGUGCUGCCAGACUUAUUACCUUCCCCUGCCCCUUGGGUGGAAAUGCCAGUGAGUGUCAUGGUGGCAGCUGUUUCUAUAAUCAGCUGGGUAAAGCUUUCUGUUCAGCCUGUGGGUGUAGCUGUCCUGAUUGCCUAUCCAGUGAUUUGAAUGAUGAGACUAAUGACAUCUAAGGAGUAUAAUCAAAUAGUGAGGUAAGCUGAGGUCAACAAGAUAAGGGUAUGAAUCUCAAAUUUUUGGUAAAUUACCACUGUUGUCUCAAUAUGUUAUCUCUGACACUAGCUAGCAUCUUAAGAGCCUUUAUUUUCUUUCUAAAUGAAAACAUCAAAUAUGUACUAAGCUGUAUCUUCUUUUAGAGAUUUUUAUCAGCAAAGUGUUUGCAAAUUGCUAAGAAAUAUCUAUCCAUUUGUUUGUUCAUUGAGCACAUUUGCCAAUUAAUCUUUAUGUUUGUGAUUCCCAUCUCAUUGAUGUGUUAUGACUUUUUUCAAAGUAAAUUCUUCCUGAGUUUUUUCUUUGGUACCUCCCCUCACCCCCCAAUUUGGUAUCUUUCAUCUAGAAGCAUUUUAAAAACAAAUGUCAAGGAAAAUAAAAUAGUGCUGUGUUACAGCUCCUUGUUCCAUUUUGGUGCAGGUUUUGCACAAGAAGAGAGGGAGGGCAGGGUAGAGAAGAGGGAACUUGGUCAUGUGAUACUGCUUGUCUGGCAGCAGCCUUUUGGUUCUGAGCAGAGAAACCAACUGUUUACUAUUUUGGGUGAAUGAGGUUGAUUGGUUGCUACGAGCAUUUUGUCCAAGGGAACCCUCUUCAUUUCCAACUCUACACAUUGAAACCGUCCCAGUCCUGCUUUUUGGCAUUUGUGUAGAGGAGGGAGGUGUCUGUGUUGAGGCCCAGUGCUGACAGGAAGAAAUGUUUUGCCAGGAGACUUACUGAUUCUGACCUUCUGCUGUCACUGCUUUUAAUGCCCCACUCACUAAGUAAACUUGGGAUCUAGCUGUUCUUGCCACCCUUUGCACUGCAGAAAUGAAGUGGCCACUUUAACCUAAAGAGCAAUGCUAAUCAGAUCUUCAGCAAAUAAUAAAUGGCAUCUUUAAGGAGUGAGGGAAGGAAGACUGGUUUAUUGCAACAUUGGCCUUUGGAAUCUCACAUCUCUAGCAUGCUGGAGGAGAAGACCAAGAUUCAUCAGCCCACCUGCAGGAUUCUGCCACUCUCGUGGAUUGUCCUGAAGCCGGGAAAGGACAGCUACUCAGCCGUGUGCCUGACCCCUUAUCACAGUUUGCGGGAAGUGCUGCAGUUGAAGCUCCAGCAGCGCCGGACCCGGGAAGAACUGGUGAGCCAAGGGAUCAUGCCGCCUUUGAAAAGUCCAGCUGCAUUUCAUGAGCAGAGAAGGAGCUUGGAACGGGCAAGGACAGAGGACUAUUUGAAACGGAAGAUUCGUUCCAGGCCUGAGAGAUCGGAGCUGGUCAGGAUGCACAUUUUGGAAGAAACCUCAGCCGAGCCUUCCCUCCAGGCCAAGCAGCUGAAGCUGAAGAGAGCCAGGCUAGCUGACGACCUCAAUGAGAAGAUUGCACAGAGGCCUGGCCCCAUGGAGCUAGUGGAGAAGAACAUUUUGCCUGUGGAGUCCAGCCUGAAGGAAGCCAUCAUUGUGGGCCAGGUGAAUUAUCCGAAAGUGGCAGACAACUCUUCCUUCGAUGAGGACAGCAGCGAUGCCUUAUCCCCUGAGCAGCCUGCCAGCCAUGAGUCCCAGGGUUCAGUGCCGUCACCCCUGGAGGCCCGAGUCAGCGAACCACUGCCCAGUGCCACUUCUGUCUCCCCCACUCAGGUUGUGUCUCAACUCCCGAUGGGGCCAGAUUCCGGAGAAAUGCUCUUCCUAGCAGAGCAGCCUCCUCUGCCUCCCCCACCUCUGCUGCCUCCCAGCCUCACCAACGGAACCUCGGUCCCCACUGCCAAGCCCACCCCGACGCUCAUUAAGCAAAGCCAACCCAAGUCUGCCAGUGAGAAGUCGCAGCGCAGCAAGAAGGCCAAGGAGCUGAAGCCAAAGGUGAAGAAGCUCAAGUAUCACCAGUACAUCCCCCCGGACCAAAAGCAGGACAAGGGAGCCCCACCCAUGGAUUCCUCCUACGCCAAGAUCCUGCAGCAGCAGCAGCUCUUCCUCCAGCUGCAGAUCCUCAACCAGCAGCAGCAGCAGCACUACAACUACCAGACCAUCCUGCCUGCCCCGCCAAAGUCGGCAGGUGAGGCUCUGGGAAGUAGUGGGGCCCCCACGGUGCGUAGCCUCUCCACUACCAAUAGCAGCUCCGGCUCGGGCGCCCCGGGGCCCAAUGCACUGGCACGUCAGAACAGCACCUCGAUGACUGGCAAGCCAGGAGCCCUGCCAGCCAACCUGGAUGACAUGAAGGUGGCAGAACUGAAGCAGGAGCUGAAGUUGCGGUCACUGCCUGUGUCAGGCACCAAGACAGAGCUGAUUGAGCGCCUGCGUGCCUACCAAGACCAAAUCAGCCCUGCCCCAGGAGGCCCCAAAGCCCCUGCCACCACCUCUAUUCUGCCCAAGGCUGGCGAGGUGGUGGUAGCCUUCCCGGCGGCCCGACUGAGCACGGGGCCAGCCCUGGUGGCAGCAGGCCUGGCCCCAACCGAGGUGGUGGUGGCCACGGUGACCAGCAAUGGAGUGGUGAAAUUUGGCAGCACGGGCUCCACACCUCCCGUGUCUCCCACCCCCUCAGAGCGCUCACUGCUUAGCACGGGUGAUGAGAACUCCACCCCUGGGGACACCUUUGGUGAGAUGGUGACAUCACCCCUGACACAGCUCACCCUGCAGGCCUCUCCGCUGCAGAUCCUGGUGAAGGAGGAGGGCCCCCGGGCUGGGUCCUGCUGCCUGAGCCCUGGGGGGCGGGCGGAGCUGGAGGGUCGCGACAAGGACCAGAUGCUGCAGGAGAAGGACAAGCAGAUCGAGGAGCUGACCCGCAUGCUCCGGCAGAAGCAGCAGCUGGUGGAGCGGCUCAGGCUGCAGCUAGAGCAGGAGAAGCGGGGCCAGCAGCCCGCCCCUGCCCCCAGCCCCACCCCGGCCCCUCUGUGUGCCCCAGUGAAGCAGGAGAACAGCUUCUCCAGCUGCCAGCUGAGCCGACAACCCCUGGGCCCUGCUCACCCCUUCAGCCCCAGCUUGGCAGCCUCCACCACCAGCCACUUGGACACUUGUGCCCCGGUCCCCGGGCCCCCGGCUGUGGUGGUGAAACAGGAAGCUGUGCUGCCCGAGCCCGAGCCGGGCCCUGCCCCCCAGCUGCUGCUGGGCUCACAGGGCCCCAGCCUCAUCAAGGGGGUCACACCUCCCACCCUCAUCACUGACUCCACAGGGACCCACCUUGUCCUCACCGUGACCAAUAAGAAUGCAGACAGCCCUGGCUUGUCCACUGGGAGCCCCCAGCAGCCCUUGUCCCAGCCUGGCUCUCCAGCCUCUGGCCAACCCACCCAGAUGGACCUGGAGCACCCGCUGCAGCCCCUCUUUGGGACCCCCACUUCUCUGCUGAAGAAGGAGCCACCUGGCUAUGAGGAAACCGUGAAGCAGCAGCCCAAACAGCAGGAAAAUGGCUCCUCGAGCCAGCAGAUGGAUGACCUGUUUGACAUUCUUAUUCAGAGUGGAGAAAUUUCAGCAGAUUUCAAGGAGCCACCAUCCCUGCCAGGGAAGGAGAAGCCACCCUCGACAGCAGCCUGUGGGUCCCCGCUGGCCACACAGCCCUCACCCUCAGCCGAGCUCCCCCAGGCUGCCCCGCCUCCGCCAGGCUCCCCCUCCCUCCCGGGGCGCCUGGAGGACUUCCUGGAGAGCAGCACGGGGCUGCCCCUGCUGACCAGUGGGCACGAAGGGCCAGAGCCCCUUUCUCUCAUUGACGACCUCCACAGCCAGAUGCUGAGCAGCUCUGCCAUCCUGGACCACCCCCCAUCACCUAUGGACACCUCGGAAUUGCACUUUGUCCCUGAGCCUAGCAGCAGCAUGGGCCUGGACCUGGCUGAUGGCCACCUGGACAACAUGGACUGGCUGGAGCUGUCGUCAGGCGGCCCUGUGCUGAGCCUGGCCCCCCUCAGUACCACAGCCCCCAGCCUCUUCUCCACAGACUUCCUCGAUGGCCAUGAUUUGCAGCUACACUGGGAUUCCUGCUUGUAGUUCUCGGCUCCAGAGACGGGGUGGGGGUGGGGGAGGGGAUGGAAGUUGGGGAGCUGUGGAACUUGAGCGAGCAUGGCUCCUGAUUCAGCCUCUCCACGUGGUUGUGUCUUGACAAUCACAGUCCCUGCUUUUUUCCUUUCCUGGGGGCUGGAGCAGAGGGGCCCUCCUCCUGGCUCAGGCUCACCCAGGACAGAACAGCUGUCAGGCAGCAACCCUGGGUCCCAUGCUGGGGUUUUGGAGGCCUGGACAGGGUCGGGCCAUUUCUAUUCGACCUCCUUUUUUGAGGUCAGAGGUUUACCAUCUGGCUGCAGUUUGGCUAAGGUAGGUGAGGCCCAGCCAGCAGGCUGCUCUUCUGGUUCUGAGGUGAGUUGAGGGAGGAAUCUCCUUCCUGUCUCUUCCCCUUCACUGUAAGGGAAGAAACUGGCCUGGGCCUCUACCUCCCCAUUCCCUGUGGCUGCCAACCUCAGGCUCCCAAGGCUCCCUGGGAGGGGGCUCCCUGCUGUUUUAGUGUCUUGGUAUAGUGUAACCAUUUAGUGGUUGGUGGCAAAGGUUUUCUGUACAGGUGUAUAUACCUCUAUAUUAUAUAUUGAUAUACAUAUAUACAUAUAUUUUGGGGGGGGCAGGAGGUGGGUACAGCCCCCUCCCAUCCUACUCACGUACAGAGGGGCCUACAGGGCCACAGCUCCUGGGUACUAGAUGCAGGGUCACCACUGAGCUGUGUGCCACAUGCUUUGGUGCCCUACCUAGUAUGCAGCUGCCCAGGCCCACCCAUCACGUGUGUGUGACAUGCAGACACCCUGCCACGGCUCCGCCUGCCCAGCUUCCUGGCUCCUUAUCAGUGCCACGAGGGCAGAGGUGCUUCCUGGCCAUCUUGCCAGGAGCUCUCCACCCACAUUCCGUCCCCCUCACCUCACUGCAGCCAACACGGCCCUGGGACAGGAGGAGCUUUGGGCCUAGCUUCACCCUGCUGUGGGCCUGAGAGGUGGCCAUGAAGCUGUGGCCUCUCAUUUUCCCUGAUUCAUACAUAGGGGAGUAGGGAUGGAGUCACCAAAACCAGUGCUGGGACAAAGGUGGGGAAGCUGUGUGAACUUUUUAAAAUAAAAACAAAAACACCCGCUUGUUA